AUGUUGUGGGCAUAUCGCACUGUCUACAAGACUCCUAUAGGUAUGUUGCCUUACCAAUUAGUCUUUGGGAAGUCAUGUCAUUUGCCUUUUGAGAUGAAGUACAGGUCUUAUUGGGCGAUUAAGAAAUUGAAUCAUGAUUUCCACAAGGCUGGCGAGGAAAGACGUCUCUUCCUAAAUGAGAUGGAAGCAUACGAUAGCUCGUCCACCUACAAGGAAAGGAUGAAAGUGUACCAUGACCGGAUGAUCAGUCCGCGAGAGCUCACUUUGGGGGAUGUUAUUUUGUUACACAAUUCACGCCUCUCACUUUGGGGCAAGUUGAAGUCCAAGUGGACCGGCCGUUACAUGAUCAAGAAGAUUUAUGACAGUUGA